ACUGCACUGUUUCUUGGCUAUAUCUUGACUACAGGAGAAUCAUGAGGAUGCAACUACUUGUUUACAGCUUGUUUCUACUUCUACUUGCUUUUAAGCAGGCACCUGGACUGGUUGCAACAGCUCCAGAUCUAGAGAAUGUUGAAGAGAAAUCUCCCAAAAUGGCUCUUAGUGAUAAGUCUCCACAGCUCCUCUACAUGAAGAAACUACGAGAUAUGCUGAAAGAUACAAAGGAAAUUCCCACAGCAGAAUCCGAUAACAUUGGAGGAUCACUUUUAGCAACCAGCAUUGAAGCAGAAAAUGUCACAGGCCCAGGAAAUACAACAAAAGGAUUAAUCAUGCAAGAUCAAAACAAGUAUGUAUUGCAAGUGUCCCUCCCAAAGAAUAGAGAGGCCUCGUACAUACAGAGUGCAGAAUUGUGGAUCUUCCCACAACAAAUCGCCGCACAGCAGCAGGCAGGAAACUUUAAAAAAAUGAAGCUAUUGGUCACAGCCGAGCUCGAGCAUGCAACACGACCAAGAAAAGAGGUGUUGGAUGUGAUAUGGGACACCAGAAUGGACUGCAUAGCUCUUAAUGUUACUUCACUCAGUCACAAAAUUGUCAGAAACCUUGAAAAACAUCAACUUCAGCAAGCAAACAUCUCUGUCUCAAUCGAAGUUGUGAGUACAAGACUGCAAUCUGAAAUUCCUACAACGGAAUACUUUAUUGACAUGUGUGAUGCACUUUCAGAGAAGCAAACUAAAAACCCAUUCCUAGUUGUCAAGUACUAUGUCGAAGAGCAGCCAUUGGAUUCUUUGACUGACACUUCUCACCAGAAAAGAAGUGCAGUCACAGAACCCCCCACCACAUCACAAAACUGCUCUGUGGUUCCUUUGACGGCUAACAUAACAAAACUGUUUGGAGAUUUCAUUUUACACCCUAAAGAAUUGGAGAUUUCUGAUUGCUCUGGUUCUUGUAAUGUACUCAGAAAUAGAGAUAGCUUCUCUAAUCAUGCUUACCUUGUGGAGAAAUUAAAAAUACUGGACGCUAACAGACCAACUUUUAAGCACAAAGCUUGUUGUGUUCCUACAGAGUACAAACCUGAACACCUGUUGAUUUCUAGUUACAAUCGUUUUAUGAUCGUCCAGUUCGAAGAGAUGAGAGUAACAAAGUGUGGCUGUCGAUAAGUGCUUACAUCAUCCACUUACUAUAAUUAUAUCAAAUAAACAAUAAACUCGUGCUCCCCAAUCUCCUCAUCAGUAUAAUACUUAAUUAACUAUUUUUGUCUAUCUGUGUCUCUGUCAGUUACUAAUGGAAUUUGAAGUAUGUUAGCACUUA